AUGUACUACUACCUCUCAUUUCUUCGUCCACCACCCCUGCAAUCUUCACUCUCCGCACCUAUAACCAUAACGCCCCAAGUAUCGAACGACCUCCGCACGGAACCACUCCUAGACCCCCUCGAUAUCUUUUACUUCUGGACUCUCCCGCCCCCCGCAUCUCCAACACCCCUCUCAACGCCGGUAAAAUUGACCACAUGGCGCAGCGCGAACGCGUACAAAGAACUCUCUAUCCCCCCACCCCCAUGCGUGCGCGAUGGAAUGCGUUUUUGCCUCGUGCUCACCACAUCCCCUGCGAUGCAGCCAUCUCCGAGCGAGAUAGACCUUCGCACGCACUGUACGCGCAUCUCGGCCCCCUUCCCUGUCUCCUCGCUCCCGAUCGCGUUUUCCCUGCGCAUGCCAAAAGGGAAAAUCCCAAAGCAGGAAUCAAUCAUACGCGCGUUCCGUUUCUCUGAUGCAGAGGGAUCGCUCGUGAGGGUGCGCGAACAAACGUCGUUCGAUCUCGACAAGAAAUUGUGGGACAGCGGAAUCGGACUGAGUGCCUGGCUGACGGAGCUGCAUGCAUCGAGUACCCACCCCAAAAAUCCGAAGACACAUCCUCUGGUAAACAAAGCGAUGACGAUCCUCUUCAAAAAGGAAAAUUGCGAAAUCAUCGAGCUAGGUGCCGGAACUGGAGUUGUCUCCCUCACUAUGGCUGCCCUGCGGUCUGCGGACGCCUCCCUCUCUGAAUAUCCAGCACGUAUUCUCACCACAGACCUACCAUCGUCCAUGGAAGUUAUGGAACACAAUAUCACCCAAAACGACUCAUUGUUCACGGCUCGGGUUCCUGUCGCACUCGUACUAGACUGGGACGGGGGUCUCCCGCCUCAAGUGUUGGACGUGGGCUCGAGAGGCGGUUUCGAUAUGAUCGUCAUGGCGGACGUCACUUACAACACCUCAUCGUUUCCCGCACUCGUCAACACACUCUCGGCCUUGCUCGCGCUCUCUCCCAAGUCUACGACAUCCGACGCAUCUGAAAGCACUGCAGAUGAGUCUGAGAUCACAAAAACAGCCCAGAACGCGAACGCAGAGGCGCCGUUGAUCCUAUUGGCGUAUAAACAGCGCGAUUCGGCGGAGCGCGAGCUCUGGGAAUUGCUCCGUGAGAAAACCGGCGUGCAGCUUGUCCAAAUCAACGCGCUUCCUGGUGCAGGUGGAGAGGCAGUGGAGAUCUGGGUAGGGCAGGCAACAUGAGCACUCUUGCGUGAAGGUUAGAUAUGAUAAAUGUCCUCACCCGACCGGUCCGCGUUCGCAGAUCUCAAU